UCGAACUUUUUAGAAUAAAAUGUGAAUGAGAUACGCUUAUUUUUCAAAUAAACGGCUUUUAUAAGACAAAAUAGAUAUAGGUAGUAUUUCAUGAGAAAAUACUAAAAAAAGACGAAACCUGUCAGUAACUGCAUUGUUUUGGUGGAUCAUGAAGAUGUCGUUUGUGCAGUGGCGCCGUUUCACUUUUUUUGACAUCAAAGUGAUCAAGGAUAACAAUAAUCAAGAUCAGGAGUUCAACUAUUUGAAGGAUGUGAACGUAACAUGCGCGAGUAGCGGAGGCUCAUUGUUGGUGUUCGGCGAUUCUAAAGGAAUGAUCCACACCGUCAAUCGAGCACUCAAUGUCUCCACAUUCCAGGCCUUCAGGGUAUGCGUAGAGCAUGUCCAGCAGAUGCGCGAGAACAUUCUUGUUGCGGUUGGAUCUGACGAGGCUGGAAUCAAUCCUGUCAUCAAGGUGUGGAAUCAAAAUAAGCAAGACAUGCAGGGUGGGCCCUUCUGUGUUCGAAGUAUGCGAGCCGUCAUUGGCAAUAAACCCGCAUCGGUGUCAGCUUUCCGGGUAAACGACAGCAUGAAUGUAAUGGCCGUUGGAUUUGAUGAUGGUCGUCUGCUAUUGAUUCGAUGCGAUAUCACUAGAGGAACAAGUCGUCAGGCGAAGCUUUUGCACAUCGUUAUUGCACCCGCUCCAAUUACUGGUAUAGAGUUUCAAGGUUCAAGCCACAUUUUCGUCGUGACAACUUUGUCUGUACACGCAGUGUCACUUCAGUCCAAUGCUGGAACCACUACGGGUAACUCUAGCGGCAUCACGAAUAAUAAGAUUCUCGGUGAACCGAUGGUUUGCAAAAUUGAUUCAAAUGGAUGUAAACCUGGAUGCUGCUCUAUCUUCGAACCUAGAAAGGAAAAUAAGGGGGUCCAGUUCGUUAUGGGGUGCAAGUCUGCAGUGUUCUUCUAUCAUCUAGAAGGAGUUGGACCCUGUCUUGCAUUUGAGGCCGAGAAAGAGCUUGUUACCUGUUUUCGGAACUAUCUCGUGUGUGUCGUUCGGGACAACGACAAAACCAUACUCAAUAUCUACGACAUACACAACAAGUAUGUUGCCUACUCAACACCCUUAGUUGGCAUCAGCCACGUGCUUCCUCACUGGAAUGGCGGUGAGCUUAUUGUGGUUACCAAACAGGGCAGACUGUUUUCACUAACUGAAAAGUCUACUGAAGACCGCCUGGGAGUCUUGUUUCAUAAAAACCAGUAUGAACUGGCCGUCAAACUGGCAAAAAGUAAUAAUUAUGAUGGGAUCGUCGACAUAUUUCGCCAGUAUGGAGAUUACCUUUACGCCAAAGGAGAUCAUGAUGGCGCCGUGGCUCAGUACGUUAAAACCAUUGGAAAGCUAGAAGAAUCAUACGUUAUUCGAAAGCUGCUUGACGCUCAGAAGAUUAAACAGCUUACGGAGUACCUUCAGGAGCUACACAAGUCAGGUCUUGCUCGCGAGGAUCAUACAACCUUACUCCUCAACUGCUACACAAAUAUCAACCAGAUUGAUACUCUCAGCGAGUUCAUAAAAACGUCGGAUUUGCAGUUCGACGUUGAAAUUGCCAUCAAGGUAUGCCGUGGGAGUGAACUCUACAAGGAGGCUUUGUAUCUUGCUGGAAAGCACCAGCUCACAGACUAUUACCUCAAGAUCCUACUUGAGAACCUUGGUAAUUUUGAUGACGCCAUUUACUAUAUUGAGCGGUUACCAUUUGAAAAGGCUGAAGAAAACAUGGAAAAAUACGGUAAAGUUCUCAUGGAUCAUAGCCCAGAUCGUACGACGAGUUUGUUAUCUCGGCUAUGUACAAAUUUUGAAGGAAAGAAAUCUCCUGCUGAAAAAUUCAUUCACAUCUUCGUGAAUAAGCCCCGUCUAUUAAAAGGCUUCCUGCGACAAAUUAUUGCAGAAUUGGGUGACAAGGUAGGUCGGCUGUCACCGAUUAUCUAUAACACACUGCUCGAACUCGAGCUGCAGGAAUAUGUGGCCGAAACUCAACCUUCUCAACGCACUACGAAGGAAAUUGAGAUAAUGUGCUUUUUGCGAGAAAAAAAGAACUGCUACGACACCGAUUUAGCCUUAGGCCUCUGCCAGAUCAACAAUUUCAAGGCGGGCAUUUUACAUCUCUAUGAGAAGGCUGAGCUAUACCAUCAGAUUUUGUCAUUUUAUACAGAUAAACAGGACUUUGCUAGUGUCAUUGAGGUGUGUAGCCGUUUUGGGGACACUGACCCAAGUCUGUGGCUACAUGCUUUACUUGUGCUCGCUUAUGCUGAGCACGCUAGUACGGAGCAAUAUUUCAUGAGCGUUUUAGAACACAUUGAGCAACACGCUCUUUUGCCUGCUAUCUUCGUUGUAUCAAUAGCAGCCCGUUCAAAGACUGCAACUUUGUCCCUUUUGAAGAAAUUCUUAGUGAGGCAACUUUCUGCUUAUGCAGACAAAAUUCGCACUUGUGAGCAAACAAUAAAACAACUCAAAAAGGAAACCGAGCAAAUUCGUGAGCAGAUGGAUAACAUAAAGCACAGGCCUCACGUGUUCCAGGAGAGCAUGUGCUCAGGAUGUAAAAUCGAGCUUGAGCUCCCAAGUGUCCACUUUUUAUGUGGUCACUCAUUCCAUGUAAACUGUUUCGAAAAUUUUGCCGACAACAAUGAAGGCUGUCCGUCAUGUGCGCCCGAAAGUAAGCGUAUCGUCGACCAACAACGACAAAUGGACGAAGCAAUGAAGACAUUAGAUGAAGAUUUUAGCCGAUGUUUCGCAGACAGCGACGAUGUAAUGGCAACGGUUGCAGAGUUUGUUGCUAAAGGCGUCUUUAAAACCCUCGAUCCAUGGACAGAAGCCGCUCUUAACGAUACUAAUGACUAUAUUUCGACCAAACGUUGUGCACCCAAACAGCAAAGCAUCUUCGAGAGACCAUCGUCCUUUCCCGUAAGAGUGCCAGAGCAAGAGGUUGUGUCGAAGAAGUCAAUUUUCGAUAAGCAAAACCCGUUUCAGAAACAAGAAUCGCCUAAGGCAGCUAACGUUACGAGUUUGUGGAACCAAACAGAUGGACCAGUAUAUCCCGCUGCACCGAGGCGCGCGCCUCUCGACAGUUUUCAUAAAACGGCCAAAAAUGUCAAUGAUGAUACCGAUAACCCGUUCAGCGAUAUGUAUGCCGAAAAUAUACAUCAAGAUAGACGUUCUCUGAUGGAUAGUUCGCAAGGUGUGGAGGUUACAGCAUCAAUACUAACGAAUGCAGCACAACGAUCAAGUCCUGCUAGAUCUCCCAGGCCAUCUUCACCUCGCUCAGCUGGUCGACAAUUAGACAAAAAUUCUGGCGCUGUGGAACCUACCGGCUCCAAUCCGUUUGGAGAUGAAGAAGAGUUUAAUGGCAAUAGUACCAACCCGUUUAAAAAAAACACUGAUGCUACCGUUUCAAACAACCCUUUUGGAGAUAAUUUCGAUUAAUAUUAUCCUUCGAGAAACAGUUUCAUUACAUAUGGAUUGUUAUCGUAUGGGAACAGUUGAACAAUCGAAAAUUAUGUAAAAAAUACGGGCAGAGUAGUGCUUUUGGUAGAUAUAGUUCUAUCCGACAAUAUAUUUUAUUAGAAUAAGCCCGAUGUAGUUUAACUAAUAAAUGUCAAUUCCCAGUUAUAAUAUCGAAUAAUCAGUUGGUGUCCAUAGCAAUUCUUUCCUAGAGUAGCUAUUUGAUCCAUUUAUCACAAAAAGUUCUCUUGGUAAAAUUAUUAUCUGAUAUACAUAUAGUCGAGAUAGGACUUCAGUAGCAAACUAUAAGGUAAAGGGAAAAUAUUUUCGUUGCCAUCAACAUUACCACCCCAUAAUUAAAGAGGGUGAAAUCAUGUUCCCUGCGAGUUCAUAUAUUUCUAUAUUUUUUACAAUAAAGAAAAAGGAUCAAACAGACCAAAUUAUGAAGGGGUUAAAAUUGACAAUGUUGACCGCGUAAAUAUACUUUAAGCAAGCUGAAUAUGCCAGGUAGUAAUACGAUAUUGCCAAAUACGCAGACAAAAGUUAACGAAUGUAUAUUCCUUAUUCGAUUGCGAGAGAUAGCAGAUAGGAUUCUGGCGCAUAAAAUUAUGCCCAGUUUUUGUGGGCUACUAAGCACCACAGAAACAUUCGGGAGAAACUAAUAAUUCUUAUAUUUUUGUCAAUAUUACCAUUUAUAUAAUUAGCAUUCAUGAGUAAAAAGCUGCCCUGUCGCGCUUAUCUCGCUGUCAUACAAAUCGUUCGAUGGUAAGUAAUUACAAUAAACUUUACACUUAAUAAUUGAAAUCACAUUUGUCGCCAUUUAUUUUCAACCACUUACGCUUAAUAUAUUAUGGCAUCUGACAUUGUUUCUCGUGUUGUCGUUUUAUAUUUAUACGAUCUACGCAUAGUAAGCAUAUUUAUCCGAAUAUCUUUUGCUUACUGCUAAUUGCACUAGUAAUAAUAACGACAAUGGUAAUGGAUCAUUUUUUCAUUCCAUUAAACACAUAGUUAUUAUUAUCAUGUUUUCAGCCAAAUUUGUCUGUCUAUAAUUGAUAUCCUAGAAGAUAACAUAACAUCGUAAGUGCUCUUGGUUCGGAGAACACGUUAUCACAAGAGUAUGAAAAGUCCCGUGAUGUGACUUAAUCUAUUGACUUUUACGUAAAGAACGAAUCGGUUAUCAGCUAUCGGUACGAAUACAAACAUAGUAUAAAGUUAGUUAACGUUGUUGGAUUACUAUUACGUUCGAUUAUCAAGUAUGAUCAAUUGCAUUUUUAUGAUCCCUGUUACAGUUUGUGUAUACGGUGAUAUUGAGUCAGCCAAUGAUUACAGUUCAUUCUGUUUCCAUUGUAAGUGGCCUCGUAGAAGCACAUAUCAACCAAAAGUUUCAUCACGUCCGAACAUAUUGUCUUAUAAAAGUUUGUCACUUUUUCUCUUUGCUCUAUCGGAAGUUUGUAUUGUUUGUCGAAAAUAUUUAUGUCGACAUAGAUAGGU